AUGAACUAUGAGAAUGCUAUCUAGUUGAUAAAUGACCCUACUUUUUUGAGGUAGGAAAAUAAUAUCCAUUAAAUUAUUUAGCUUAUUUAGCAAGCAGGGCUUUAGUAAAAUUUAAAGAAAAAUUCAGUUAGCCUUGUUACUAAAUUUCUUUAAGUUAUGUGUGCAUAGAAGGAUAUGAAAAAGAAAAUAUUUUUAGAUAGCUUAUUAGAAAGUCUCAAAGCAAUAUAAUUAGCUACAAAAAAAGGGCUUAAAAUAGAUAUGAAAAUAAUAAUUAUGAAAAUUAUAUCUUUUGCAGGUGAUAAUUCUUUUAUUGAUGAAGGUUUACUUUUAAGUAAAUAUUAUUACUACCAAUAAAAAAAUCCUUCAUGCUUUUACUACGAGUUUUCAAAAACAAAUCCAAGAUGGAACUUAACUGAUUUAGAAGCUGACAUAAUUAAGAGUACUGAUGAUCCAAAGGAUAAAGAAAAGAAUACAUAUGUAUUGAUUUCAAGAAUUAAAUUAUUGUAGAGAACUGUUGGAGGAUUUAGCAGUUACUAUGAAGAAACAAAAUCUAAUUUGUAACUCGCCUCUAUUGUCAUCAGUGAAAAAGACUCUUACUUUAAAGAUUAUAUAUUCCUAACACAUAAAAUGAUAAUUAAUGCACUCAAAGGAAAUGAAAAAAUCGAUUAAGGUACUAUAUGUUCAUUUUACUUUUAUCACCUAACUUAAGAGAAUAUUACAAUAGAUUAGUUUGGUGCUAUGCUAGUAGAUAUACUCAAUCUAAAUAAAUAAAAUAGUUUUUAAAAAAAUAUGAUUCAUUCUAUAAUAGUGGAUUGUAUAUAACUCAUAUCCAACAAGAGCUCAAAAAAAAUAUACACUUAGAUUUUUGAAAAUAAAAUUGUUAUAAAUAUGAUAGAAGUACUGUGCUUUUAACUAGAAGACUUGUAAUUAAUUGAAAAAAUUGCACUUUAUUUGAGUGAAAUACCUUAUAACUAAAAGAUAUAACAUAUAAGUAUAUUGUUAAAGAUUUCUUCAGCAUUAAAAGAAGAAAAAUAAGCAAUUGAAGAAAAUAAUUUCUAAAAAAGCUAACUUUAAUAAAAAUAAUAGUAGAAAUAGUUAUUCAAAUAUGAGUAAUAGUAAAAUUUAAAUAAUUUUUCAUUUAAUAGUGACCAAGAAAGUAUGACUAUUGUUUAAGAGUAGCUAUCACAUAAGAAUCAAAAUACUAAUGCAAGUUCAUUAUUUACUGUUACUUAACCACACAUGAAUAAAAAUUAGAAAAGUAAUAAUAAUGGUAAGAGCAAAUCAAGAAGAAGCAAGAGUAAAUAGCGAAUAUCUAAUACUUAAUUAGAAAAAAAUGAAUAAAUAAAAUAAAAUGACUAAUUUGAAGAUACGACUAAUAACAAUUAUAAUCAAAAUGCUAAUGCUAAUAUUGAAAAUUAAUACUUUGAUAAUAAGGAGAAUAUUUUUUAGGAGAAUUUCAUUUAAAUCGCUGCACCUGCAAAUGCCCUUCAAUAGCAAGUGGUUUUAAAAAAAAUAAAAGAAGAAGAUUAAUUUUAUAGAUUGUGUGAAGACUACUAAGAACUCGAUAUAAAGGAAGUUGGAGGUAUACAAGUAAUGAUGGCUUAUAAGAUUUUUAAUUAAAUUUAAGACCUGAAAAAUAUUUAUUUUAAUAGCAAACUAAAUAAUCGAGAAAUAUUAAAAGAAUUAGAAAAACCCAAGUCAAAUAGUAUGAUGUCUGACAGCACUGGUGCAUAAAGAAAAAAUAUUUAAAAUGACAUUAUUGAUUAAGAUUUGUUAAAUAUAUUGAUUAUUUAAAAUGAAAUUUGUGAGCUGAUUAAUGAGUAAGAAAUAAAUCGCUAAGAGAUUAGGUGCUAAAAUUUAUUCUAUAUAUUCACUUUUUUUUUAAGUAUGAUAGAAGAUUAAGAUAAUAUUUAUUUCAACUACAAAAGAAAUAGAAGGAAAGGGGGAAAUAGUGGUUACUAAGUUAUUUCUGUUUAAAUAAAGUUAUUAGUUGAGGAUAUGUUUAAGUAUCACAGAUAUUAGAAUAUUGAUAAAAUAGAUUCUAAAUCAUCUAAAGGCAGAUCUUUUAGAACUCUACCUGAAUAUAAACAAAAGAUGGAGGAGAUUAGAAAUUUUUAGAUGAGCUAUACAAUUAAAUGUUCUAUAGCAUUAUUUAAGAAUAACUUGGAUAUUCAUGUAUCAUAAGAUCUAGUUGAUACUAUAGUAGAAAAUUUAGAUUUUGAGGAUUUAGAUUUAAUUCAUACACUAAUUUUAGCAUUCGCUUAGUAAGAAAAUAUAGAUUUGAAUAAAAAGCUUAGUAUAGUUGCAGAUAGGUCUAUUGAGCUAUUUAUUUCAAUGCAUAACUUUUAAAAUGAUUGCUAAAACAUCAAAGAAAGCUAACGAUUAGUAUCUAGCGUUUAGAAAGAAUAAAAAGCCAUUUCAGAUUUACAGAAACUUAUGAAAAAGUUAGAAUGUACCUGUGUAAUAAAUUUAGUUUAUUUACACCAUGCAUCUAUAGAUUAAAAAAUAAGAAACUCUCAUAUAGUUUAAUGCUUAAAUAAAAAGCUCAAUGAAUUCAAAGAAUGUGUUUUAAAAAAUCAAAUCGAUUCCUAGCAGUUGUAUGUCUAAAUAAUGAUGGAAACAGUCUGCAAAUAUAUGUUUAGUAAGAAAAAGAAAAGCUAAUAACUGAAAAAGCUUAAUUUAUAAGGAGUUUUUGAAGAAAUAGGAAACAAUUUUUCAUAGAUACUUUCUUGGAACGAAAAAAAUCUUUUGGAACAAUUAGGUUUUUUUAUUUAAUACAUGGAAUUUAGUGAUUUUUGCAUUACAUAAAUGUAAAGAGAUAAAAAUGAAUUUGGAACAGAAGAAUCUAUUGAAAUGCAAAAAAAUUUAAAUAUAAUUAGAAGAAUGACAGUUAAAAAUCUAGAGUCUUUUCAUAAUGUAGACAGUUUAGAUGUCAGCAAUGAAAAAUGUUUUAAUAAAGUGUUAAUUCAAGUUUUGACAAAGAUCGUUUAAAUAAUUAACACUAAAUUUAACAUUUAAAAGUCUGCACUGUAGAUUAGCUUUAAAACUAUUAACUUGAAGCUUACUCUUAUCAACAAAAUUAUUUGUUUAAUAUUAGAAAAUAAACUAAAAGACACAGCUUCAAUAUAAAAUUUAACUGCAAUAUAAGUUCUCUAUGAAUCAAGCACAUACUACAAUUAAAUACUUUUAAUGCUUUUAGAAAUAAAUGAAGACAUAUACUAUAUUUUGUAGCAUAAUACAGGCUCAAAUUAAUAGAAUUGGGAUUUAUAACACACUCAUUCAUUUAUAGUUAAUUUUUUACUAGCUUCUGAAAACAUCCAAGGGUCUCCCUUAAUACCAAAAUUCAAUUUUUUAAGAUAAAAUUUAUCAUGGAGAGAAGUUAAGCAGUUUUUACACACACUUAAGUAUAUAAGAGAAUUAGCUAGUUACUUUUAAGUUGGAAUUUUGUAAGCAAAUAUUAUUGUAUUUGAAUUACUAUUAUUGAGGUUUUUAAAUUAUGAAGGCUAGUUUUUGAAAAAUACAACACUAGAUUUUCAUGAAAAAGAUUUCUCUGAACUAUCUAGUGUAUCUUAAGAGUAUAGCAUUGGUUUUUAAAGUGAUAAGGAUAUAAAAGAAGAUUCUUUUUUUAAGUUUAUUGAAUUGAGAAUAGAAGAAAAGUUGGAAGAAUAUAUUUAGGUCCUCCAUUAAAAUUAGAAAUCCGAUGAAGCUAAAAAAUUAUUAAUCUACUCUAAAGCCAAUUCAAAGAUUGAAGAUAUUUAAUCUUGGUUAUAAGAAAUAUAACAAUGCUUAAAACGCAAAAGAGUGAGCUGUGGAAAGCUUAUAGAAAAAAAUACUAAUUAAAUAAAGUAUAUAAUCCAUGAAAUUAACGUUCUUAGGAUAGAAAACAACAAGAUCGCUUCAUUUUAACCAGACAAUCUAAAUGAAUAAACAACUAAAAUUCAUUAUAGAGAUAUCAUGAAGGAGGCAGAUGAGAUUGAAAAUGAAAUAGAGAGUUAUGAUAGAAAUUCUAUUUCUUCAUAAAAUAAACAAAUUCUAAAACUAGAUUAUAUAGUAUUAAGCCUAAGAAUGCAUAUAUAUUGCGCCUAGUAUAUCAGAAAUAGCAAUCAAUCAUAUUUUUCUACUUAACUCAUGGAGAAGGCUUUUAAAAAGCUAACUUCGAUUUGCUUUGAAAAGGCUGUAGGUAACUUAAGUGACAUUUAUGAAAACUAUUCUCUUUAAUAAGGCGCAUGCUAAAUGUACCAUGCUGCAGCGAAGACUUAAUAGGAGAUAAGUGCUUAACAGUCACAAAUAGGAUUUAUCAUCAAUCCCUUUACUAAAAUUUAGACUUUAGUCAAUAACAGGAAAUACUCCUCAAGCAAUAAAAUAUUAGGAGAUUUAGUAGAGUAUCUGAACAUAGGGAAUGGCUUUUCUUACUUUAAAAAUACAGGAAGCAAAAGAAUAUAAUAGCUGCUAAUUCAAUGCUUAAAAUUAUAUUGCAAGAAUUAAAAUUCUUUAAAUUGCUUUAAUAAUCUUAAAUAUUAUGGAAAGCUUUUACAAAUAACUAGUAUUAGAUUCCUUGUUUUGCAUGAAUUUUUAAGGAUUUAGACUAUUCUAAAGGACUACUCUGAUUUCUUAAGAAACGGCGUUUUAAUUGAUAUAAUAGGUAAUCUAUUGUUAUAAAAAUAGUUUAAUCUACAAACUCUUCAUAAUUUAUUUAGCAAGCGUAAAUCCAGUGUUAUAAAUAUGUAACUCAGUAAUUUCAUCUAGUCUCUAAAUGAUAAACUUUUAACAUAAGAUUUAGAUUUAAGAUCCACAAAAAUGUAUAAAAUAUCUAUGCAAUACAUGAUUUCCUUGUUUACCUCUUCAGUACGUAUAAAUCAUAAAAACUUAGAGAGUGAAAUUUGUGAAAUGAUAUUUUUUUCAAAAAAGAAAUUCUAUUUUCUCAAUCCAUAACUCCAUCAAAAUUUGUAAGAGAAUUCUGAAAUGUCAAGAAAUGGAAGUGUCGAAAUAAAUAAAAAUAAGAAAAUGAUUUCGAGAAAUCAGAAUUAAAUAAAUGAUUCAAAACUAAAUAAAUUUCCUUCAGGAGUAUGCUAAUUAUUUUAUAAUAUUCUCUCUAUCGAUAAGAAUAACUCAAAGUAAUAAACUUAUUUCAUAGUAAAUGAAGAUUUUUGCUCCCAUAUUAUAUCUCAUAAAAACUAUUAUUCAUUUACAUUGAGAUACCUUACUUUAAUGCAAUCAUUAAACUUACUGAGUAAAAUAACAGACUGCAGAUUGAGCAUGAGCGAAAACUCUAAUUAAAGUAAAAAUCCAACAGUUUUAUGUGACGAAAUACAUGGAAAUUUUAUAGCUUUAAUUAAUUUUAGGUAGUUAUGCCAGCUGAUGCAUAAUUCUUAUCUAUAAUAUAAUUUGACAUAUGCAAAGCAAUUCUUUUAUCUUUAUCAUAAAUUUGAUGAAACUAUAAAAGAGCUAUUAAGAGAAAUUCCAUAUCUAAUAUAAGUUUAUUAAAAUAAUACAGUUGUAAAAAAUUGUUCAUGUUUGCCUUCUUCCUAAGUUAAAGCUCCUUUGUUUUUGGAUGGAAGCAGAUAACUCAUUACUGAAUCGUUUGCUCUUGAUGCUUCGUACAUGUAUAAAAAAAUGCUUGUUAAUUCAUAAGAUUUAUCAGAGUAGUAAGAUGCUAUUUUGCUAGAAUAAGAAAAUUUUGAAGAACCAGAUUCGAGCAUGAAGCAGUCAUCAUCCAUGUCAAGUGAUUAAAGUGAAUAAAAAUUACAAAAUUAGCAAAAUAAAGUAAAAUAAAAAAAUAAUCUAAUGAUGGAUGAAACAGAAACAGCUAUUAAUUCUAAAUAAUUAGGGCAGUUUGAAAAGUUAAGCUCAGUAAAUAGUAUUUAGCAAGCUUAAAUAAAUUUUGAGUUCAAAAGAUUGAGAACAAGUAUGAGAGAUUUUAGCAUUAGCAAAUAUGCUAAAAGUGACCUAACUUAAGUUUUAUAAAAGUCUUUCAAAUACAGCAGGAUUGAUAACUUUAGCUAGAGGCAUUAUUAAUUUUAACAAAUAAAGUUAGAACAUGAUUUGAUAAUAUUAAACUUUAUUGAUUAUAAUAACGAAAGGGCAAUUCAAAUAUCAAAGUUUAAUCAUCUUAACUAAAAUUAUUCUAAUUUUAGAAUUAAUAGUCAAUCUCAAACUAAUUUAUUUUCAGACUACAUAAAUGACAUAAAAAGAAUACUUCAAAAUAAUGAAUCUGAUAUGAGAAACGAUGAAAAAAAGCGAAAGUCUUAAGUUGAUCCAAAUAACUGGUGGAAAAGUAGAUAUAGCAAUGACAAAUAACUUGAGAAAAUCCUUAGCCAAACUCAAACCAUUCUUGACUAUCACAUAUUUUUGUUCUUUGGAAGUGAAUAAACAGAAAGAGAAAAAAAAAUAAUGUAAGAUAUUUUAGUAAGGAUAAACUAAUGUGAAUAAAUAUGCAUAGCUAAUUAACCAAAUGAUCAAUGUUCUUUAUUUGAAAAGCAUAUUUUAAUUCAAGAAAAAAAUAAUUUAAUAGAGCUGUUAUUCUCUUUGAUUAAAUGUUCUUUGUUUAUAACUUUGAACUAAACAAAAUUAAAGCUCAUUUUUGAGUUGAUGUGCAUUCAAAAUAUAUAUUUGUAAUACUUAGGUUUUCAAUCUUAGCAAUAACUUUUUUCAGAGAUUUGCAAACUAUAAAAUGAGUACUAAAAAAGCUAUAAUCCUUCAUAAAGAAAACCAAUGAUGUGGAUUCUAAGUGAAAAUCUUUUACAGGCACCUUUAGAAUUUAUGAACUGCUUUUCUGAAAAUAAUUAAACUUUCUAUAGAAUACCCUCUUUAUAAUACCUUUAUGAGAAUUACACCCCUAAUAACAGUGUAAAUUUCUCUAAUAAUUAUUAUUUACUAAACCCUUCUGGAGAUCUGGUUCAUACUUAAUCUAAAUUCUAACAUAAAUUUGAGUCGAUAAGGUCAUGGGAAGGUGCUAGUGGAUUUAGUGUAAGUACUAAAGAACUCUAAAAAGUACUUAAAAAUUAUCAAUCGUAUACAUACAUCGGACAUGGGGCAGGAGAGCUCUAUAUAAAUCAAAAGCAAAUUUAAGAAAUAAAAAACAUAAAAUCUGCUAUUUUGCUAUUUGGUUGUCAAUCAGCUAGAUAAGCUGUGUAGUUAGAAUUUAACUCUCAUUAAUACGAAGUUACAGGAAAUAGCUUAUACUUUUUAAUGAAUAAUUGUAAAGUCCUUAUUGGGAGUCUUUGGGAUAUAACAGAUAGAGAUACUGAUAGGAUGGUUUUAAAAUUAAUUUAAAUUAUUGAAAAAGCUAGUUUGAAGAAACCUAUUGAUUUUAGCUAAGCAUUUUUACAGUCGAGAGAGGAAUGUAAACUAAAAUGGCUUAAUGGAUCAUCAUUUGUUUGUUUUGGAAUCCCAACUUAAUUCCACAUGAAAUGA